UCCGUUUCUGGGGAAAGCCGUGCCCACUCCGGCGCUCCCCAGCCGUCUCCGACGCACGGCAGGAAUCCCCAGAGCCCGCUGUCAACGCCAGUCGGUCAGGCCUUGGGGUUCACCCUGCCAGUCGAGCACCCCCUCUUGCGGGGCCCGGCCAUGGGCGCCACCUGCUGGCGGAGCGCAGAGAACUGCAGCCUCUUCCCCCGCACCCUCCCAGCAGGCGCGCCGAGCUCGGCUGGACCCAACCGCUGCGUGGAGGCGGCCGAGGCCUGCACGGCGGACGCGCGCUGCGGGCGGCUGCGCGCCGGGUACGUGGCGCAGUGCCUGGCCCGGGCGGCGGCCGGGGGCUGCACUCGCUCCCGUUGCCGUCGCGCCCUGCGCCGCUUCUUCGAGCGCGCCCCGCCGGCGCUCACACAGGCGCUGCUCUUCUGUCCUUGCGGCGGGCCCGCGUGCGCCGAGCGCCGGCGCCAGACCUUCGUCCCCGCCUGCGCCUUCUCGGGGCCGGGUUCCGCGCCGCCCUCGUGCCUGGAGCCCUUAGCCGCCUGCGAGCACAGCCGCGUCUGCAGGCCCCGCUUGCUGACCUUCCAGGCCUUCUGCGCGCCCGACGGCUGUCCGCCAGAUCAGGCCCCCAGCUGCCUACGCGCCUACGCGGGCCUCGUGGGCACCGCUGUCACCCCCAACUACGUGGGCAACGCGAGCGCGCGCGUGGCGCCCUGGUGCGACUGUGGAGCCAGUGGAAACCGGCGGGAGGAGUGCGAGGCCUUCCGCGGGCUCUUCACCAGGAACCACUGUCUGGAUGGAGCCAUCCAGGCCUUUGGCAGCAGGUGGCCCCUCAGCCUACAAGGUCAGGAUCCUGCACAAAGGCUCGUGCAGGCAUCUUCUACAGAUGGGCAGCUGGAGGGCCACUCCCUGCUGUCUGUGCUUCCAUUCUUGGUUCUCCAGCACCUGCUCUGAGGCCACAGCACACCUCAGGCAGCAAAGCCAGCUGUCCCUCUCCACCUUCCCCAGGUGAACCCAAAGCCCCUUGCAGCCCUGUGUGCCAUUCGAGUUCUGGAUCUUUCUUGGGGUCAGGCUGAUGCUAGAUCCUGCUGAGGUGUGUCCUAGACUAGCUGCUUCCCCCACUCCCCCUUAAGAGCUUCCAUUGAUGGAACUUCCUCCAAUAAAUCAUGGUCUAAGAAUCAAAAA